AGCGUUUGUACAUUCGUCGAGUAAAUACAGACUUUAAACGAAAUAUUUUGCGGCUGAUGAUUUUUUUCAGCUAACGUUAAUGAGUGCAUUUAACGCAAGCACUAGACAGGUUUAACUGGAUACAAUGGAUUUACAAGGACAAAGACGAGGACCACAGCACCGGUGGGUUGCGUUCUGCUGUUUUAUGAUGCUCAGCUGCAGGCAGUCGGUGUCGGCUCAGUUAAAAUAUUCAGUUCCAGAGGAGGUAAAAGUUGGAUCUGUUGUUGGAAAUAUCGCCAAGGAUCUAGGACUGGACAUUAGCUCAUUGGAGGAGCGACGGUUUCGUAUUGUCUCUGGAUCUGAAGACGCUCAGUUUGCAGUUCACCAGAACAAUGGCGUCCUGGUUGUGCAUAAAAACAUCGACCGAGAGGAGCUCUGUGGCAGCGUGGUGCCGUGUUUAAUAAACCUGAAAAUAGUAGCCGAGAAUCCCAUGGAGAUACAUUACGUCGGUGUGGAAGUCUUGGAUGUAAAUGACAAUUUGCCGACAUUUCAGGAAGAAGAAAAUGUGUUAGAAAUACCCGAGUCCACUCUCAUAGGUCGACGCUUCCAGUUACCAACUGCACAUGAUCCAGACGUUUUGACCAAUACUGUGCGUGUGUAUAAACUAAAUCAAAACGAAUACUUCAAUAUACAAAUCAGAGAGAGGGGCGAGGACAAAAUACCAUUCUUAGUAUUGCAGAAGUCUCUGGAUCGAGAAAAGCACAAUGAGCACAAACUGAUUCUGACAGCAGCUGAUGGUGGAAAUCCACCGAGGUCCGGGACCUUAAACAUCACAGUCAUAGUCCUCGAUUCAAACGAUAACCACCCAGUAUUUAGUCAAGAGGUCUAUUCGGUAACAAUAUCUGAGAAUGCGGGAGCAGAUACAAGUGUAGUUCGAGUUAAAGCAACAGAUGUGGAUGAAGGUGCUAAUGGAGAUGUUGAAUAUUUCUUCGGUGGUCAACUUGACCGUAAAAUCUACGACAUGUUUACCCUGGAUAAAGAUAGUGGAGACAUUAGGGUGAAAGGUGAGCUUGAUUUCGAGAAGGCUGACGUUUAUAAACUAGAUGUUCACGCCACUGACAAAGGACAACCUCCGAUGAGCACCGACUGCAGGGUGAUCAUCAAAAUACUCGACGAAAAUGACAACAAGCCUGAAAUUGAGGUGACGUCGCUGUCAAAGACGGUAUCAGAAAGCUCAAAACCUGGAACAGUGGUUUCCCUUAUUAGCAUCACAGACAAAGACGCAGGUUUGAAUGGGAGGGUGAUAUGCAGUAUUUCUGAUAACGUGCCGUUCGAAUUAAAACCUUCAUUUCAGGAUAAUAUGUACUCGUUAGUUUUAAAACAACAUGUGGAUCGAGAAUCCGUUUCGCAAUAUGACGUCACAAUAACAGCUACAGACUGUGGUCAGCCUCCGCUAUCUGUGUACAAAACACUCAGCAUAGAUGUUUCAGACGUCAAUGAUAAUAAGCCAGAAUUUCUGCAUAGUCCAUAUGAAGUUUAUUUAGUAGAAAACAAUGUGCCAGGAAACGUAAUAUUCUCCGUUAGCGCUUCAGAUAAAGACUUGAAUGAAAAUGCAGCUUUAACUUAUCAUAUAAUUAGAGAUGAAAGCAGUCAAGGUAAAAGUGCAUCAUUUUUAAAUAUUAAUUCAGAAAACGGACAAAUAACGGCGCUAAAAAGUUUUGACUUUGAGACUUUGAAGACGUUCCAGUUCCAAGUCGUGGCCUCAGACUCUGGAACUCCGUCUCUGAGCAGCAACGUCACAGUGAACGUGUUCAUCCUGGAUCAGAACGACAACGCUCCAGUCAUCCUGUAUCCAGUCAGCUCCAACGGUUCUGCUGAAGGUGUGGAGGAGAUUCCCCGCAAUGUGAACGCAGGACACUUGGUGACUAAAGUCAGAGCCUAUGACGCUGAUAUAGGAUAUAACGGCUGGUUACUGUUCUCACUGCAGCAGGUCACUGACCACAGUCUCUUUGGCUUGGACCGCUACACAGGACAGAUCAGAACACUGCGCUCAUUCACAGAGACAGACGAGGCUGAGCAUAAACUGCUCAUACUGGUCAAAGACAAUGGCAACGUCUCACUCUCAGCAACAGCUACUGUGCUGGUGAAACUGGUGGAGCCCAAAGAGGCGUUUGCAGCUUCUGAUGUCAAAAGUUCAGCAAAACACGAUGAGGAGAAUAAUGUGACUUUCUACCUGAUGAUAACUUUGGGCUCAGUUUCAGCACUUUUCCUCAUCAGCAUCAUUGUGCUGAUUGCAAUGCAGUGCUCAAAGUCCACAGACUAUACUUCUAAAUACCUGCAGGAGCCUAAUUAUGACGGGACACUGUGUCACAGCAUCCAGUACAGAUCUGGAGACAAGCGCUACAUGUUAGUUGGACCCAGGAUGAGUGUAGGAUCUACUAUAGUCCCAGGAAGCCACGCAAACACGCUGGUGCUUCCUGACAGGAGGAAAACAUCUGAGGUAGGACAUUGUUAUUAUUAAUUAUUUUAGUUUUAU